CGCCUCUCCUCUCUCUCUCUCUACCUCUCUCUCUCAUCUCUUUCCUUUUAUCUUUACUUGUCUCUCUCUCAAACCAGCUUCCUCCCCAAACCAGCCGGCAGCCACAAUUGCCAGCCAUCACCAGCAAUCAUACACUCCUAUGCCCCCCUGCACACCUACGCCUUUAAUUCCUACACUCCUACACCCCCCUGCACACCUCCUGCGCCCCCCUCUUCUGCAACCCUCUAUACCCCUGCUGCUGCACCAAGCCUGUGCCCCUGUACUGCUGCGCCCCUGUACUGCUGCGCCCGUCUGCCCUGCUGCGCCUUCUGCACUCUGCACCCCUAAUCCUGUGCCUCUGCACUCCUGCUUGCUACAGCCUUGUUCUUGCCUCACAUACAGAAAAAAACAGCGCAUACCAAACAAAAUCAGCAUCAUCAGUGCUUGUUGGAGGAAGUUUUUAUUUUAUUUUCAUUUUAUUUUAUUUUGUUAUUUGGAUAUAUAUAUAGAAAAAAAUUAGAUCAAAAGGGGGGUCUUUUGUUGAUUUUGGUUCUGGUUUUGGGAGUCUCCUUCUGAGUUUUCGAAGAGCAGUAGAAGGGGAUUUCGUGGGGAAGAAGGGGGUAACAACAUUGGUUGAGAGGAAGGACUGCAUAAGCAUUUUGAAGGGGACUAGAGUCUUCUUCUACUGUCGGCCUUUCUUCUUUCCUUCUGGUUUUUAUUUCGGUUAUUUUUCCUUCUGGAUAUUCUGCAGAGUUCUAAAAAAAAAAGGAAAAGGAUUUCUGUUUUGGGGCGACAGUUGAAAGAAGGAUCGUUGAGUUUUCAGUGAAAGCACAUUUUUUGGGUUGAUUCCUCUUAGGUAAAUUUUCUUAUUAGAGAAAGUUUUAGGAAGAGCAGUUAGGGUGACCGUUGGAGUUUGAUCCCGUGGGUGGGAUUCCUCCCUCCUAUCUCGAUCUGUUCUUUCUGAAAACUUUCACUAUGUUUGUCUCAAUUUCUUUAGAUUUCAUGUGCUAGAAUUGUAUUAGAUGAUGACAUUAUGAAUAAAAUCAAUCAAUCCUG